UUUUUUUAUUGUUUUCAUAAACAAUUAUUUUUUUAGGUUAUUGUUUACAAUAUUUCAAUACUUUCCAUCUUUAUUUCCUUGCUGUUUAGGGGAAAAAUUAUGAACCCUGCAUAUGCAACAUGAACCCUGAAUUAAAUUUUGUCGGCGGGGACCCAGGCGCUGUGAAAUAUGGGAAUUUCAUAAAUUAUUAUAAAUUCCAUUCUCCUGAAAGCCGUAUCAGAUCUCUUCCUAAAAAUGUGUGGAAAGUGAACGAGAAUCGGUCACUAGUGUGCCUUGACGUUGGCUGUAAUUCAGGUGAAUUGACUGGAGAAGUUUAUCAGUUCCUGAGUAACUGUAUGAAGGAAAGAACCAAUUCUGCAGACUUCAGCUGUCAUUUCCUCGCAGUUGACCUGGACCCAGUCCUCACGAGCCGAGCCAGGGAAUCUAAUUUGCACGGAGACAACAUAACUUACGAGUGCGUGGAUGCAGUCGGUGAUGAUGCAAGGGACAAAGCGUUCGCAGAUUACUUGGGGCGGAUGGGCAGAGACAGGUUUGACGUCGCAUUUUGUUUCUCGGUCACGAUGUGGGUCCACCUGAACCACGGGGAUGAGGGGUUGCAGCUGUUCCUGGAGGGGCUGGCACGGUGGGCAGACACCCUGGUGAUCGAGCCGCAGCCCUGGAAGUGCUACAGAGCAGCGGUGCGGAGACUGGGGCGGCACGGAGCGUGUUUCCCACACUACGAGUCCAUAGCGCGUCGAGACACGCUGACUACCAUUGGCACGUUGCUGACGGAACAUUGCCACUUCGCUGAGGUCUUCAGGUCGGACCCCAGCCUGUGGGGGAGGACCAUCAUCAUAUACCAAAAAUUAAAUUGCUGAUUUCUGACGAUCUGGUGCUGUUGAAAUAGCAUGUCAUGACCACAGAUAUAUACUGAUGGUCAGUGGCGUAGCCAGGAUUUGUGUAUGGGGGGGUGUUAGGAAGCAUGGCCUCCCUCCCCCGGGAAAAUUUGGAUCUUAAGGUGUAAAAUAGUGCUAUUUUAGCAGUUUUCGGUACUUAAAAUAAAUAUUGUAAUGGUAAAAUUUUUAUUAAUUUUAAUAUGAAAUUUGUUUGAGUGAUGAAUUAGAAAUUAAUUAAAGAUUUGGUGCUAGGGGGGGGGGGGGGGGUUGAACCCCUAAAACCCCACCCUGGCUACGCCCCUGCUGAUGGUCAACUCCAGGCGUGAUAAACUGUGAAUAGCGACUAAAUCACUGUUCGAGCAUAGCCUGUAGUGUGGUUCGAAUAACACACAUUAAUUAGGUGAUAUAUUUGUUAUGAAAUGGUAAAAUAGAGUACUUAACGCUAUGUUUUUUUUCAAAACUGGCCAUGCAUUUCUCUAGAAUACCACAGGAUGCACCAGUGUGCUAUGGGGCACACUUCCGAGAACCGCUGCUCAAAAUGUGAUAGGUAAGUCCUAGUUUUUAAUGGUCUCGAAAGGUACAAUAAAGAAUUUUGCAGUGGAGUUCAUUUUUUAAAACAAAUUUUGUCUCAAGUCAGUUCCUGUCUUGCUUUUAUUUUUUUAUUAUGCGUGUAUCUCAUUACGUGAUCGAAAUAAAACUUAUUUGGCAGUUCAAACCUCAACUCAUAAGUAUGUCAUAAGCGGUAAAACGGCAGAGAGAAAAAAAGAGGGAAGAUAAUUUUCUAAAUAAACACAAAUUAAGAAAAUUAUUACCUACUUCAAAAUAACUGCUCAGCAUAUUAAUAAUUAUUGAUAAAUCAAUAAUGAUUAAUUAACAAUAAAUAUUACUCACUGUUGAAAUAAUCACACCAUAAACUCUUAUACAUUACGAUUUUCAUGACCCCAUCUAUAUCAUGAAAACAAUUUUAACAAGAAUUUUUACACGUUAAAAAAGUAAAUCAACUUCGAUAAAUUUCAUCCUCAACAACAUUUAUAAUAUUACUUAGUAUCUCAGCAAAACCACUAAUACAAUUUAAUAAGAAGGUAACACAGCACUAAGGAUUUUGGAUUUCAUUUCGUUUUCAAAUAUUUAAGAAUCCUAACUUUUUUCAUUUAUUAGACAUUUGAUUAAAAUAGAAAUAAAUUAAUAAACAUGAAUUAACAAAAUAACAGCUCAAGAUAAUAAUUAUUGUUUAAACAAUGUUGAUUACCAAUAAAUAUUACUCACUUGAAAUACACAGUAAAAAACAUUUGUUCAGUAUAUUUCAAAGCUAGGAUUGAUUAUAAUAAAUUGGUUUUUGAUUUAAUUUUAUAUUAUGUAUAGGUUAGAUCUCAUCAAGCAUUCUGACUGAUAUUGUAGUUCUGCAAACUUAUCACAGCCAAUAGGCUACAUAGACAUACUGCAAUGCUUUUAUAGGCACUGAUAAUGUUUUGAUCUGCAACCCGAAAAUUAAAAGGGCACGGACCUAUCUCAUGGUAAUUCUUUACAUUAUAACCAUAUUGCCACAAAGUGAAAAUAAAUUUUUUUCCCACA